AUGUUUUGCCAUUUUGUCUUCGCCAUUCUCUACUUGAGUUCGCAGGCUGCCGCCACGGCACAUGCUAGCUACCACAAUACACUCGAGCAGGCCUCGAGGCUUUACGUCAGGCAGGGACAACAAAGCUGUUUAGACCCUAAUCUGAUCCAGUCCGCCAGCGCCAAGACAGGACAAGAGCCGGGGACUGAGGGUAUCAAGCCAGGCCAGGCGCCUUCCGCAACAGAUGCAAACAACUUUAUCAACUUCUGUAAAGGCCAACAAAUCACCAAUGGCGUGCAGGUAAAGUCCGGCUCAUGCAACCCCAUUCCCAUGGGCCGGAUCCCUGCAACAUCCAACAUGAUCUCGGCCAUGAUCACCAGCCCCCAGCCCGGUGAGGCACUUACAUCCGGCACCACGUUCAACGUCCAAGUGCAGACAUCACAUUUGCGUGCGGGUAACUUUGUCAACCCCACUACGAAUUAUUAUACUGCUCCGCAAGAUCUCGACCAGAAUGGAGACAUCAUCGGUCACUGUCACGUCACUAUUCAGGAUAUUGGCUCUCUCAAGUCGACUGUGCCCCCCGACCCAAGUCGUUUCGUCUUCUUCAAGGGUAUCGACGAUGAUGGAAAUGGACAGGGACUGCUCCAGGCUGUAGUCGAAGGUGGGCUGCCCGCAGGUGUGUAUCGCGUGUGCACCAUGAUUGCAGCGCAGAACCACCAGCCCGUGACGAUGCCAGUUGCUCAGCGAGGCGCUCAGGAUGAUUGUACCAAAUUUGAGGUUGUAGAUGGUCAGGGCGGUGGCGGUGGCGGUGGUGGUGCAUCUGCCUCUGAGGGUCAGCAGAAUGGCUCUCCAACGAGCCAGGCCCCGGCGACAGCUUCUAAGCCAGUGAGGCGAACCGUCAAGCAGCCAGACUCGCACUUUUUGACCUUCAUCGGCCAUCUUUUCUUGCUCUUCAUCUUCCGCAUGUUCAAUCCUGGGGAGCCAAAGGAAAACCCUGUGGAGAAAAGAAGGGCCCAGCUGCGGCGGGCCCAACAAUCCUACCGUAGCCGCAAGGACAAGUACACAAGAACACUCGAGGAGGAACUUGCCAACUCUCGGUCGAAAGAGGUGGAACUGAUGCGCGAGUGCGAACAGCUGCGGGAGAAUCUCCAAAAUGCCCUUCAUCAACUAUCUCAACUGGGCGUCAAUCUCCCUGCCGAGAUCAAAUCUAAGGCUAGCGGGAAUGCCCCCAACGAAUACGCAAGCCCACCCACAGCGACGGGAUUGUCAACGAGUGUCUCUCCGAUUUAUCUGGGAGAUUGUGGCAGCCAAGCGGUGGAUAUCAUUCCGUCUCCGCAACUUAUCUCCCCGGAGUCAUUCGGCGACUUCUACAGCCCAACUGAAGGCCAACAGGGCCCAAUCCUGUUUAAUAUUGGAGGACUUGCAAACAACUCUCGCGUGAGUGAAAUGGACCAGAUCAUCGUGGGCAUGGAGUUUGUACUAAAGAUCGAGGAACCCUGUCUGGGCCAUCUCCAUGGCGACGCCAAGAAGCCCCACGAACCUGGAAACCAUGCUCUGACGGCCUCUGCCCAGCUCAUGGCAGCCUGUGACUACCCAUCGCCUACAAAUAGAUGCACUCCGCCCUUGUCUCCGAAUUUUGGAAAUACACCGACGACCAUGCUAGAACGGCUGUUAACCCUCGCGCCAGACCUGUCUGAUGAGGGUGAGAUGACACCAAUUCAGGCAUGGAACAAUAUCCGGUGUCGGCCAAACUUUGGCGGACUUGAUGCGCGAAGCUUGGGGAUACUUGCUGAAAGGUUGAAGAAGGCUGUCAAAUGUCAUGGGUUUGGUGCUGUUGUGAAGCAGUCUGUCUUCGAGGGCUUGGUAUACGAGACACUCAUCGUCGGGCGGACCUUUUGA